AUUGAAAAACAAAACGGAACUGGUCUCGUCUCGUCCCCUCUCUCUCUCUCUCACUCUCUCGCUCUCGCGUUAGGAUGAAGAAGAGGGUUCGCCUCUUUACACCUCAACAACUGUAAACGCUUCCUCAAUUUGGGAUUUGGAUUCAAUCAUCAGAUCUACAAAACCCACUUUCCCAAUUCAUUUCUAUUCAAUUCUUCUGUUGGCUUCUUUCAGAUGUCUUGUAUUUGAUAUCAAAUCCUUCCUUUACUCUUGAAGACGUCCAUCCUUUUCUGAGAAAUUCUUCCUCUACGCAGUAAAACACCUUGAAAUAUGGGUGAAUGAUGGCUGCAGCAGAAGCAAGGGCUGCUUGGCAAAGAACAGCUAACCGUUGCUUUGUCCAAGAAGAUGCCAAAAGAGCUCCAAAAUUAGCGUGCUGCCCCUCAGCAUCUUCAUUGUCCAAACAGGUUGAUGCGGGACCUGCAAAUACAGCAGACGGCCAUGAUAAUCCCAAUGUAGGUUUCAUGCCUCUUAACCGAAACACUUCAUAUUCCAAUCUACCCCCCGAAUCAAGAUGGUGGCUGCAGCUGCAACAGCAGCAGCUGCAACCUAAUUACGGGCGCCAAACAACUUUAACAAACGAACAGUUAAAUACAUUGGAGGAAGAGAUGGAAACUUUUCAAGCCGGUGUUUUAAAAUCUACCGUUAAACCAAGUGAAGUCCACGAUGGUUCGCACAUCGAUGACCACUCUGAACCCUCCCUCGACGCUUGUUUUAGGACUUCCACAACUUGUAUGAAGAAAGAUCUUGAAGUCGAGAAGAAAGAGCUAAAGACUGUAUAUAGUAAGAGUGCCCAAGAACCUCUUAAACCUGACAACAUGGGGGAAUAUUAUGAGUUAUUGGAUAUCGAUCCUGUUGGUUGCUCAGUUUCUAAGCAACCAAAUGAGCUUGGUUUUGAUUCGGACUCUCCUUGGAUUGGUGGUGAAAAACCAGAGCCGUGGUGGCGUAUGGCAGAUAGAGGUGAAUUGGCUUCAUUGGUUGCACAGAGAUCACUUGACCUUAUUGAGAAUUGUGAUCUCCCUCGGCCUCAAAGCAAGCAUGUUAAAACAGAAGACCCAUAUGCUUAUCUUGGCAAUUUUGAUCGUGAUGGGAUUUUACCGUCAUCUAAAGAUUUCAAGGUACAAACAGGUAAUGCACUAAGCAAUCGCACCGUACGAAGUGCAUGUGGGAAGCAGUGGACCUUAUCUGAGGAGCAACCACAAUAUGGUUUAGAUAAGCAAAACAGUGAUGGCCCAGCCCACAAUGGUAUGACCGAAGCACAAUUUUCCGACACUGAUUCCAGCAAGGCUCAGCUAUUGGAAGCACUCCGCCAUUCUCAAACACGUGCAAGGGAAGCCGAGAAAGCUGCAAAACAAGCCUACGCAGAGAAAGAACACGUUCUCAAGCUCUUUUUCAAACAGGCGUCGCACCUCUUUGCCUACAAGCAAUGGUUGCAACUUCUUGAGUUCGAAAACCUUUUUUUUCAGAUCAAGAACAAUAACCAGCCAACAUCAACUCUGUUUCCUGUGGUGCUACCGUGGAUGAUGCCAAACAAAUCUUGGAAACUUCCAAAGAGGUGUCAAAAGCCUGCCAAAGGAAAACGAGGAAAGCGGGGUCGUCCCCGACGCGGCAUUAGUAAGUUUGCAGUUGCUUUUGCGGUGAGCUUGGGUCUCGUUGGUGCGGGGUUGAUUCUGGGAUGGACUGUUGGAUGGAUGUUACCGACCUUUUAAGUUGUGUGCGUUUGUGGUGUUAUCUGGAUUUAUUGUUGUUUGAGGUGAUUGGUUACAGGGAAAGUUUGUCUGGGCCGUGUAUUUCAUUUUUAGUUCUCAUUUUAUGUAUAUAAUCUUAGAGUUUUUAGGUUUUGUACUAGAACUUUGAUGAGUUUGUAAAAGUGGUGUAAAAGUGGUGGUGACGAAAUGUUGGUUUACUUGAACAUAUCAGCAGGCCUAAUUUAAUUAGUCCUUUGAUGCUGUAAAUAUGAUGUGAUGAGCAGGUCUUUUUCAAGAAGUCCUCUCUCUAUAUAUAUAUAUCGCCCAUAUUUAGCUCACUUGCUAGACAUGCGUGCAAAAAAUUAAGUGCA